AAAGCAGGAGCUAAAAGCACAAAUGGAGAGCUUGGCUCCAUUCUUUUUCUUAGUCUGAGAUUUAUGGACUUGUACAUGAUGAAUUGUGAACUCCUAGCAACUUGCAGUGCCCUUGGAUUCUUAGAAGGGGACACCUACCAUAAAGAACCAGACUGUAUAGAGAGUGUGAAAGAUUUAAUCCGCUAUCUGCGCCAUGAAGAUGAGACCAGGGAUAUUCGGCAACAGCUGGGAGCUGCUCAGAUUCUGCAAAAUGACCUGAUCCCUAUUAUCGUCCAGUACCCCCAAGAUAAACAGCUGUUUGAUGCUGUCAUCAGAUUAAUGGUGAAUUUAACUCAACCAGCUAUCCUCUGCUUUGGAAAAAUUCCCCAGGACAUUAACCUCCGCCAUCACUUCCUGCAGACUGUCUCUUACCUGCAGGCUUAUAAAGAAGCAUUUGCCAGCGAGAAGGUCUUUGGGGUGCUGAGCGAGAAGCUAUAUGAAUUGCUGCAGCUGGACUGGGAGCAGCGCCAGGAAGAAGAUAACCUGUUAAUUGAGCGCAUCUUGCUUCUGGUGCGCAAUGUGCUGCAUGUGCCAGCUGAUCCUAAUGAAGAGAAGAACAUUGAUGAUGAUGCCAACAUCCAUGACCGGGUGCUCUGGGCUAUGCACAUCAGCGGGAUGGAUGAUUUGCUCAAAUUCUUGGCCAGCUCCACAAGUGAACAGCAGUGGAGUCUGCACGUGCUGGAGAUAAUCUCCCUUAUGUUCCGUGACCAGAAUGCAGAGCUGUUGGCAGCCACAGGGCAGACCCGUUCAGCCAAGGAGCAGAGCAUAGACGUGGCAGGCCUGGAAAUCUUGAGGCAGAAGGAACAGGCUGAGAAGAAGACUCGUAUAUUCCAGCGGAGUAGCAGACACUCUCGUUUUGGUGGCUGUUAUGUUAUUCAGGGCUUGAAAGCUAUUGGGGAAAGAGAUGUGGUGAUGCACAAGGGGCUACACAAUAUGAAGAACUACAGCCACGAUCUGUGCAAGGAGGUACGCCGGGUGCCGAAAAGGCAGCAGCUCGCCAGUGAUGGUGAAGGACCCCCUCGCCGCUCUGCCCUAAAUGUGCGGCGCUUCCUCCAGGAGUUCUGUGUGGAGUUCUUGGAGAACUGCUACAAUCGCCUCAUGUACCUGGUCAAGGAUCACUUGAUCAGGGAAAAAGCCCAACAGCACGAUGAGACUUACUACUUAUGGGCUAUGGCUUUUUUCAUGGCCUUCAACCGGGCCUCUUCUUUCCAGCCUCAGCUGGUUUCUGAGACGGUUGGCGUUCGGACCUUCCAUUUCAUUGAACAGAGUCUGACCAACUACUAUGAAAUGAGCCUGGUAGAUAAGAAGGACAUCACCUCUUGGUCUAAAAGGAUGCAUCUGGCUCUCAAGGCUUACCAAGAAUUGCUGACGACUAUGCAUGAAAUGGACCAUUCCCAGGAAGAAGCUGUGCGCAACAGCAGCCACAUCCUUAAAAAUAACAUUUUCUACUUGAUGGAAUAUCGGGAGUUGUUCCUCGCUCUUUUCCGUAAGUUUGAUGAGAAAAAGCAACCCAGGUCAUUCCUGAGAGAUCUGGUGGAGACAACUCAUCUCUUCUUGAAGAUGCUGGAGAAAUUUAGCAAAGGGAGGAAAAACCUAGUGGUCCAGGGCAAGAAAUGCAGGAGGAAAAAGAAAUCCAAGGCUCAUUCUGCUGGGCCCGGUGCGCAACCCCAAACUCCUGAAGAGUUAGAGGAGGUGUGGCCAAAGCUGGUGGAGCAAAUUGAUAAGUGCAUAAAGGGUUUUGAGUCUUCUCCAGAGGAUGUCAUUCCUUUUGACGCCACAUCAGAAGUUCCAUUAGAGGAACAGCGAGCUGAGGCCAUGAUACGGAUCCAGGACAGCUUAUUAACCGGCCAGGCACCAGAAGCGCUCUCACUCUUGCGCUCGGCAAGGGAGGUGUGGCCUGAAGGAGACGUGUUUGGCUCAUCCGCUGUUGAUCCAGUUGAAGAAAUGGAGCUGCUGAAGCAAAUCUUCUUCGCCAACCUCCCUCGGCAAGCAGCGACUGACCCAGAUGAGCCUGAGGAGGCUGCCGAGGAUGAGGAAGUUGCUGAGGAAGAGUUGGCAUCUGUGCAGGUGUCUGAAAAAGAGUUCAGCUUCCUGGACUAUGUGAAGCGGUUUGCUAGUGCUCAUGUAGUCAAGGCCUACGUCCUGCUGUUCAGAAAUUACCAGCAGAACAGCCCCCACACUAAUCACUGCGUGGUCAAGAUGUUGCACCGCAUCGCCUGUGACGUCAAGAUGGAGGCCUUACUCUUUCAGCUGUCGGUCUUCUGCCUUUUCAACCAUCUUCUCAGUGACCCUGCCGCUGGAGCUUAUAAGGAGCUGGUGACCUUUGCCAAAUACGUUGUGGGCAAAUUUUUCGCAUUGGCAUCGACCAAUAAAAAAGCCUACAUGGAACUGUUGUUCUGGAAAAACACAGCUGUGGUUCGAGAAAUGACCGAAGGCUACACGGUGUCACGGGAAGAUGGAAGUUCUAAUUUGCACAAGGCCUCCCAUUGGACUGAAGAGGAGGAGGAAGAACUUCAGGAGCUCUACCACAAGUAUAAAGAAAUGGAAGGUGAAGAUGUGCUUGACAACAUCCUGUCACAUCUCGGCUCUCAUCCCCGGGGACGAAAGCAGGUGGCCAGGAAACUUGUGCACUUGGGGUUGGUGAGCAGCAUACGAGACUUUCCUCAGGAGCGGUAG